AAGGAUGGUAAUUGUUCUUUGUGCCGCCAGCCGCUCUUUGGUAGGCUCUAAUGUGUGAAUAGUUGAUUGAAGGUAGCGAUCGCUGCCAGUGCAAAUCGAUCGAUCAAAUCGUCAAUGCUCGUCGGUUCUACUAGACAUGAGUGCCCUACUACAGCUGAGGCCUCCGCAAAAAUUGAGCCAUUAACAAUCUGUGAAGUGUGUGCGGUGCAUUUUGCGAUGAAAAGGCAUGGAAAGGAAAUCGUCCGAUCGCAGGUGGGAAAACAGAAUGAACAUUACCGAGCUCGUUACCAUCGUUGCUGUUGGUGGCCGGUGGGUUGUUGAUGUUGUUUAUUAGUUUUGUUGCGCCUAAUCUAACACACUGCGCUCAAUCAAUCGAAGAUUUUUGCCUCGAGGAAAGUCCCUCCCACUACCUGGAGCCAGAAGUAGCCGCAUCCAAAUCCGGCUCCGGCUUUCAAGGCCGACUACAACGACGACGACGACGACGACCGACCAGACGCUCCACCGGUGAGGCCAACGACAUUGGCGCAUCAGUCAAUAGACAAAGACGACCAUCUACGACCACCGACGCUCACAGGACAGCAUACCACGGGAUGGGAUUGCACAAAAACUAUUUCAAAGUAGGACAAAAUGCCAGUAAUCAGCUGUUCGGCCUGCCACCACGUAGCCCAAAUGGCCCUACGCCGCUAUCGAUGCUUAUAUCGCAGGGAGCGAAGUUCAACAACAAUCGCAUAGCAGUAAUUAUAUUCGGGAUAGCAACCCUCAUAGCUGGUGUGAUAUUAUCUUCGGUUCCUUGGCUAAAUAUUUUUAUUAUGAAGAAUCUAAGACUAUGGAACGGCACGAUAAGCUUCCACUACUGGCAACGGCCAGGCGUCACUAGGUUAACUAAGGUGUAUAUUUUUAACGUAACCAAUCCGGAGGGCUUCCUCGCCGGUGAAAAGCCAAAACUAGUUGAAGUAGGACCAUUCGUUUAUAGAGAAGAUAUGGAAAAGGUGAAUAUCAAGUUCCAUGACAACUACACUGUAACAUAUCAGCACAAGAAAAUCUUACAAUUUGUUCCUGAGCUAAGCGUAGAUAAGAACCAACGAAUAACGACACCAAAUAUCCCACUGCUGACAAUCUCCACCCAGAGCAAGCAUUUGGGCUACUUCCUGGCAAAGACCAUAUCGCUGGGCCUGACGGCCACCAAGUACAAGCCGUUCAUCUCACUGACUGCCGACGAGCUGGUAUUUGGAUACGACGACACACUUGUGAGCCUCGCGCAUCGAUUCUACCCCCGAAAUCGACGCCCAAUGUCCAAGAUGGGCCUCCUGAACGGGCGAAACGGUACCCUGCCCGAGUAUGCCACCAUGUACACCGGUCACACGGGGAUGGAGAAGUUCGGAUACUUUGACAAGCUGAACGGGUUGAAUCACCUACCGCACUGGGACCAGGAACCCUGCUCCAGCAUCGAGGCCUCGGAGGGUUCGUUUUUUCCACCGCGAGAGGUCACCAACUCGGACGUGGUAUACAUCUACGAUAAGGAUCUCUGCCGAUCGCUGCCACUGGUCCAUCGGCAUCCCGUCGAGAAGGAUGGCAUCCCAGCAGAUCUCUACACACUAGCGGAGGAUGCUUACGGACCACCAAAUGGAAACAAUUCUUGCUACGAGCACACGGACUACAAACCAUACAGGGGUCUGCAGAAUAUCAGCCCGUGCCAAUACGGGGCUCCCGUAUACAUUUCCAAUCCACAUUUCUACCAAUCGGAUCCACAACUGCUGAACGCUGUUGAGGGGCUCAAACCACAACGAGAGAUUCACGAAACGUUUUUCAAAAUUCAGCCUAAACUCGGAGUACCACUGGAGGGACAAGUGAGAGUCCAGCUCAAUCUACUAGUCGAAGAAGCACCAAAUGUGAUGGCGACCAAAAAUUUCAGAGACUUCGUCUUCCCAAUCAUGUGGCUGGAGGAGGGCGUCAGCGAGCUAACGCCCCCGAUCCGGCGGUGGAUCUACCUAGCCACGGUAUUUGCUCCGAUGGCUCUACCGAUCGUGUCCUACGGGAUGAUCCUCACCGGAACCUUUGCGUUGAUCUACGUGUUCGUGCGAGCUUACAAGAAUUUCGUGUUCACAUCCGAUCCGACGACAGAAUUCCUGGAAAUGGGCCGCCGAUCACUUCGACGGGGUAGCAGCAUGAUCAUCAACGGCCAGCAUCGGAUACUGAUGCAGCGGGAUAGUUACAUCCUGCUGAAGGCCAGUGAAGAUGCCAAUCUCUACCACCACACGGGCAAUAGCAAUAAUCACAACAACAACAAUGUCAGUAGUCAUCACAAUCACAACCUGUUCCAUCUUCCCCACCUGCCUCACAUCCCCCACCACAUCCCCACUCAACCCAAGGACCAAAGUCUGCUGAGCGAGGAGGACUCACCCGCUUAGAUUAGAUUCAUUUCGUCGUCGUACCAAGCCAAGGGACUCGUGUACCUUAUUGUCAUCACUUAGGGUUUUUUUUUUUCUCUAGCAAAUAGGCAACAUCAUGCUAAUCAUUUACGGGCGAAUUUUUCUCCGUCCACUUAACGAUAAAUGAACCGGUGAUAGAGACUGUGUUUUUACUAUAUUUUUAAUGAUUCCAUUUGACCCAGAACAAAAUCUUAUGAUCAGACUCAGUCAACUUUCGUUCAACUAUCCCAGUUGCUCAAUCCAAAUGAAGAUUGCUCAAAUUAACUAGGCGCAAUGAAUAGCAAAUGAUGAACUAAAAAAACCAGAUUUUAAACUAAGCAGCAAAAAGAAGGACAUUUUAAGUUACGUUAAGUCAUUUAUACAUUUCCAGCGAUAAGCAUUCUUCCCACGUUGUGUACAUAAGCCUUAACUGAUGCCGUUUCAUGUAUAUGUAGUAAGUUAAAGUAGAAAAUAAUGAAAUUUUAUGAAGAUUGUUCGAACUGUUUUACUGUAAAUACAUUUUUUGUACAUACAUUUUUCAACACAAAAAAGAA